AUGCGGCCCAGUUGGCCAGUUGGUCGCCGAGAAAAGUCAGACUCGAGACAUUGCGACUCGCUUGCCUGGAUCUGCCCGAAUUGCGUAUGGCGUAAUGGCGCUCUCGCUUGGCUUGACUGGCUAGAGUGCAGCCGGGCCAGCCGGGCUGGACCGACGGGUGGCCACGGUUGCGUACGGUUGGUCGCCUGCGUAUCUGCAGGAUGGCAGGCCAAUGUGGAGGUCAGAUGCCUUUCAGGCACGCCUGACUUUUGGCUGGACGUGAACAGAGUGCGCGCUGCACAGACUGUUCCGCUCAUCUUAUCUCUCCGCACCGUCCUUCCUUCUCCGUUGCUUUACGCUUCACUCUUCGAGCGCCUAUCAGCCGCUGUACUCGCCGCUCUCACCUACUUCGACCUUUUCGCGCUAGACUUGAUCAACGGCAGAUCACCAGUCAUGUCCGACACCCCCGGCCAGCCUGGACCGUCGAGCCAGCCGCAACCCCAGGCCGGUCCCUCGAAGGCCGCCUCGAGCUGGAAGCCGCAGUACUCUGAAACUGGACCGGGACCAAGCUUACAGACAUAUAGGCGGCACCCGGAGCGCGCGUACGGCGGACCGAAUCCCGACUCGCUGUCCAAUGCGCGCACGCCGGAGCAGGCCGAGCAGUACUGGAAGCGUGUGCGAGCCGUGGAGGGCCCGCCGCUGCCGCGCUUCGGACGGUUGAUGGGCAUCGGAGGUUGGCCAGUCGCGGUAUUCUACAUGGUCGCGUACGCGGACUUUGGAGACAAGGAGCACGUCUUCAGCGAGACAAUGGCACAAGUUUACGAACAACAUGUUCACGCUGUCCGAGAAGGAGCGCAAUAUGAUGGGCCUGGAGAAGCCGCUCAAGUCCCAGGCUCAGGCGCAGGAGAAGGUUUAGACUGCACGACACCUAUGGCACGUUUUGGUUCAUCUCAUAAACCGCGUCCUUACCGCGACUUCAUUCAAGAUGGCUCACUCCAACGUUUGGUUCUCUCACGGGAAAGGAUUGGGACAGGCAAGACGAGGCUCGACGGAAGUUCGAUCAUGUUGGACGGGUUCGCGACUUCCACAUACGAUAGCGACCAACAUUCUGCGCGACUUGGAGCUCUCUGUUGUGAUCAUGGCGUCUGGGGGUGGCUUGGAAGCUGCGUUGGAACCAAGUCCGAUCUUCUGCACAUUUCGAUGGCUUCUUCGAUUAAUCGUUGUUGGACUGUUCGCGCAAAGUUCCCAACAGUGCUUGCGCGUCGUCCUGCCGCAAUUUUGUUUGGCGCAGACCUCGACACGAUCAGCUAUCUCGACCAGCCGUCUCUCCGUUGCAUCACGAACCGUCGAACGUCAUUCCUCCGCCUGUCCAUGCCUGUCCCCCUGCUUCAGUCUUUCUGGGCGACUUUGCAGCAGAGCGCAGUUUCAGCUGCCGAUGCUAUCUUGACCCAAGCUAACAUUCAGGCCCCCGCAACUACGGCAAGGGCUCCCGCCAGUGCCGCGUCUGCGCCCACCGCGCCGGUCUCAUCCGCAAGUGGUGAGUUGACCCGUCUCUUGCCUGAGGAUACAGCUGACAAUCCAGGGGCCUUGACAUGUGCCGUCAGUGCUUCCGUGAGAAGUCCAAGGCUAUGGGCUUCGUCAAGUACAACUAAGAAGUGUCUCGACGAGGUUUUUCUGAGGUCCUAG